AUGGCACCUCAACACAAGAGACGCAAUUCCGACGACGACUACAGCCCAGAAGGACCUGCAGUCAAGAAGCGAGUGACUCAGCCCAAGGCCACAUCGUCCCAGUCGACACCAGUCAAGGCAGAGGCAUCCAGAACUCAACAGACGCUUCACGCAUACAUGUCGACCCCCAAGGCAUCUGCCGGAGCUGUCCGCCCUCAGUCUGCCCAGGCUCCUAGAGCUGUGUACGGUACCGCAUCUCCUCGCCGGACACCAAUUCCUACUGGACAUUUCCCAGGCGCCAACAGUCGCAUGCGCCAGGCCACCACCUCGCCCGGCACCAAGAUUCGCGAGGUCCGCGUUGCCCACACUCCGCCCAGCGCAAAGACGCUUGCGAGUCGAACGGGUGCGCUUAGUCGUGCACUGCCUACUUUUCUUCGCUUCAACCCGAGUGCACCCCUGCGAACUUCCACCACGCCGCCCAAGUUUGGAAGGAAGGAGCCGAUCAAAACGGAGACACCUGGACGUCGCCAAAGCCCCGUCUCACCCAGCGCUUCAGGCUCGUCCCGCUCGUCCGCUGACAAGCCAGAGGCUUCUCGACAUCGCCAAAUCUCCGUCUCAACUGGCGAUGCAACCUCGUCCCGCUCGUCCAGUGACAAAACAGAGACAGCUCAACGUCGCCAGACCCCGGUCUCAAACGGCGCUGCCGGCUCGUCCCGCUCGUCUACUGACAAUACUUCAACGUAUAUUCCUACACAUGACUCAUCCUCUGAGCAACCUGUGUAUACCCCUACUCGUCAGCAGCGCACCGACGAUACUCCACAGAAGAAGGCCAUUGAUGCUCACAAGGCCGGUGGUACCGACAAGUCGGCUCAUGCCAAGGACUCCAAGGCUGCGAAAUCGCUUCAGGACGUGCUGGAUAGAACUCCCCGCUCCGUUGAACGAGUACAGCAGCAAAAGAAGCAGAAGAAGCUGGACACUAUGGCGCAAGACCAAGGAUCUCCUCGCUCUGCUGAACAAGUGCAACAGCAAAAGAAGCAGAAGAAGCCCGAUACUAUGGCGCAUGGACAAGGACCCACCAACCUGCCAGAGAACGGUCAUAGCAUCCUGCAGUCUCCUAUCAUGACCAGCACACCGGCACCUGCACCGCAGCAGACUUUCAUCAGCCCGACCUUCAUUCCUCGUCCCGGAGGCUUCGACUUUGCCAUUCCAAACCCUCAGCCGCCCGUCACGCCGCAGCUGCCCGUCACUCCUUCGAACUCUCAUACUCCCCUACCGUAUGGGCCUAGCGAUUACGGAGUGCCUACAAACCAGCAAGCUUUCCACGAGUCUGCACAGCUGGGCGCCGCCGCUCAAGGAGCUCAUACCUUCAAUCAACAGACCGUGCCUGGCACCUGGUCGUCGACCCCUACACUCAAUCAAGUCCUUCCUGAAAAUGUGUACUCGUCGCUCGAUCACUACAUGACGACGCACGGUGUCCUUAACGAGGGCGACCGCAUGUGGGUCAUGGGAGUCCAGUACGGAAUCGGCCUGGGCGUCGAGACCCUCCGGAAGAGUUUGCUCGACGAGCUGCAGACGGAGGGAAAGAUCUUCGGACACGUGGUGAAGCCCGAGCACGCGGAUGAGAACCUCACCGCCAUGCGACAGAAGACCGAGAUCCAAUGUAUUGCGCAAUUCGAUCUCCGCCAAGCUGCUGGAGCGGCCGCUCAGUUUGUUGCCAACCAAGAAACCCUGGCCAAGAUGAUCAUCCAACAAGGUCUUGUAACUGCCCUUCCUCAGAACGGUGGUUUCGUCGGUACUUGCGGAGCGGGCGGCCCUCUGCUCGGUCCUCAUGCUGUGAACGCCGUUAGCACCCUGGACGGCAACAUGAACGGCCCAUACAUUGGCAACGUCGACGUGAAGAAGCUGGACGGUGUCGCAGCCAUGGUAGGCAACGCGAUGCUUGCCUCAACCAUUCCUCCUGACGUUCCCUGCAUGUCGCGCCCGCAAGACUACCUCAUGUCUCCCGAAGAGAUGCAGGCGAUGUGGGCAACGCAAGCCAAUACCCCGGUUAUGCCUGCCAACUUCAACGCCCAGGACGGAGCUUACCAGACGAAUGGAGCGACCGGUGAAUGCCAGGGUUAUAUCGCCAACUACCACAACGUUCCCAACGUCGGUAUGUGGGGCAACUAUAUGCCCGCCUCAAACGAGGGCCAGUUCGAGCUCGCUGAGGACGACCAGGGACGCGCGGUCAUCACCAGAAUCCCCCAGAACAACUAG